GGCUGGAGGACAAAAUUGUCAUUUGGCGCUGCUCGCAUCACCGCCGUUCUUCCUCGAUCCAUAUCGUCAGUCUCCUCUUCAUCACCAAUCCAUUCUUCUCCAAAUAAUUUUUCUAUGGAGAUCGCACCGACGGUGCCGGCGUCUAGCGAUGGCCGCGACAGAGGAUCCCUGUCCGUUUCAUCACCCAAGGCGGAACCUACGUCUUCUGCUUCGGCGUCGUCAUCUUCGGUGGCGAAAGAGGUGACUAGUAACAGUGCGGCCGUGAGCAGGUUCGAUGAUGACGAUGAGGAAGAGGAUGUCUGCCGGAUCUGCCGGAACCCCGGUGAUGCCGACAAUCCUCUCCGAUAUCCAUGCGCUUGCAGUGGUAGUAUCAAAUUUGUUCAUCAAGAUUGCCUGCUUCAGUGGCUCAAUCAUAGUAAUGCUCGCCAAUGCGAGGUUUGUAAGCAUUCAUUUUCAUUCUCUCCUGUUUAUGCCGAGAAUGCUCCAACAAGGCUUCCAUUUCGAGAAUUUGUGGUUGGGAUGGCAAUGAAAGCGUGUCAUGUCCUACAGUUCUUCUUGCGCCUUAGUUUUGUGCUCUCUGUCUGGCUUCUCAUCAUCCCUUUCAUAACAUUUUGGAUUUGGCGAUUGGCUUUUGUUAGAAGUUUUGGUGAAGCCCAGAGACUGUUUUUGAGUCACAUUUCUACUACAGUAAUUCUUACUGAUUGUCUGCAUGGAUUUCUACUUUCUGCGAGCAUUGUGUUCAUAUUUCUUGGGGCAACUUCUUUGAGGGAUUAUUUUAGACAUUUGCGAGAGCUUGGAGGGCAAGAUGCUGACAGGGAUGACGAAGGAGAAAGAAAUGGAGCUCGUGCUGCAAGAAGACCUCCUGGUCAAGCUAACAGAAAUGUAGCAGGUGAAGGAAAUGGCGAAGAGGCUGUGGGACAGCAGGGCGUUGGUGGUGCUGGUCAGAUAAUCAGAAGGAAUGCAGAAAAUGUUGCUGCUAGGUGGGAGAUGCAGGCUGCUCGUCUCGAGGCUCAUGUGGAACAGAUGUUUGAUGGAUUAGAUGAUGCGGAUGGAGCAGAGGAUGUGCCAUUUGAUGAGCUGGUUGGAAUGCAAGGACCUGUUUUCCACCUGGUUGAGAAUGCAUUCACUGUUCUUGCAAGCAACAUGAUAUUCCUCGGAGUAGUAAUAUUUGUGCCAUUCUCAUUGGGAAGAGUUAUACUUUAUUAUUUAUCGUGGCUUUUGUCCUCAGCUACUAGCCCAGUAUUGUCAACGGUCAUGCCACUUACAGAAUCAGCCCUCUCGUUGGCCAAUAUUACAUUGAAGAAUGCAUUAACUGCUGUAGCGAAUUUGACUUCUGAUAACCAGGAUUCGAAUUUACUUGGCCAGGUUGCUGGAAUGUUGAAAGUGAAUGGAACAGGGCUGAAUGAAGGAUCAAGCAACCUUACCACCUCCUUUUCAUCUGAACUGCUGAAGGGACAACCUGUUGGGCCAUCACGUCUGUCGGAUGUUACCACGCUUGCUGUGGGUUACAUGUUUAUCUUCUCCCUCAUCUUCUUUUACCUUGGAGUGGUCGCAUUAAUUCGAUACACUAGAGGGGAGCCGUUGACCAUGGGGAGGUUCUAUGGUAUUGCUUCUAUUGCAGAGACUAUUCCAUCACUGCUAAGGCAGUUUGUGGCUGCAAUGAGGCAUCUUAUGACCAUGAUAAAGGUUGCUUUCCUUUUGGUGAUUGAACUUGGAGUUUUUCCUUUGAUGUGCGGCUGGUGGUUGGAUGUCUGUACCAUAAGAAUGUUUGGGAAAUCUAUUGCACAAAGAGUGGAAUUUUUCUCGGUUUCUCCAUUGGCAAGCUCUUUGGUUCAUUGGGUUGUAGGAAUUGUGUACAUGUUACAAAUAAGUAUUUUUGUCAGUCUUCUUAGAGGGGUUUUACGUAAUGGAGUGCUUUACUUUCUUCGAGAUCCAGCUGAUCCAAACUAUAAUCCAUUCCGUGAUCUGAUCGAUGAUCCAGUUCACAAGCAUGCUCGUAGGGUUCUCUUGUCUGUUGCUGUUUAUGGGAGUUUGAUAGUUAUGUUGGUCUUUUUACCUGUUAAACUGGCCAUGAGGGUGGCUCCCUCAAUUUUCCCUCUAGAUAUUUCUGUAUCCGAUCCAUUUACUGAGAUCCCUGCUGACAUGCUACUCUUCCAAAUUUGUAUUCCAUUUGCUAUUGAGCAUUUUAAGUUGAGGACAACAAUCAAGUCCCUACUCCGAUACUGGUUUACUGCAGUUGGUUGGGCACUUGGUUUAACUGAUUAUUUACUUCCUAAACCUGAGGAUAAUGGAGCUCAUGACAACGGAAACGGGGAUCUAGGUAGGCAAGAUAGAGCUAACGGACACCUGGGUGGACAGGAUAGAGCCUUAGUGGGAGUUGUCCCUGAUGAUGUGAACAGAGCCAGGAAUGCAGUAGGAAAUGCCAGUAUGUCUGAGGAGCUUGACAAUGAUGAGCACUCUGAUACAGAUAGGUGCAGCUUUGUGCUUCGAAUUGUGCUGCUGUUGGUAGUGGCUUGGAUGACUCUUCUUAUCUUCAACUCUUCCCUGAUUGUUGUGCCUGUUUCACUUGGUCGAACACUUUUCAAUGCCCUUCCACUUCUCCCAAUAACACAUGGAAUAAAGUGCAAUGACUUGUAUGCUUUUGUAAUUGGAAGUUAUGUCAUUUGGACCGCUGUGGCUGGAGCAAGGUACUCAAUUGAGCAGAUAAGAACAAAUAGGGCUACAAUUUUGUUUAAGCAAAUUUGGAAAUGGUGUGGGAUCGUGAUUAAGAGUACUGCAUUAUUAUCAAUAUGGAUUUUUGUCAUUCCUGUUUUAAUUGGACUGCUUUUCGAGCUCUUGGUGAUUGUACCAAUGCGAGUGCCCGUGAAUGAAAGUCCAGUUUUCCUUUUGUAUCAGGAUUGGGCCCUUGGAUUGAUCUUUCUUAAGAUUUGGACUAGGCUGGUCAUGCUGGAUCAAGUGUUGCCUUUGGUAGAUGAGAGUUGGCGAAUAAAAUUUGAGAGAGUCAGGGAGGAUGGCUUCUCUAGGUUGCAGGGCUUCUGGGUGCUGAGGGAAAUAGUCUUUCCUAUCAUUAUGAAGUUGCUCACUGCCUUGUGUGUUCCUUAUGUUUUAGCCAGAGGAGUGUUUCCGAUAUUUGGGUACCCAUUAGUGGUCAACUCAGCUGUAUAUCGUUUUGCCUGGUUGGGUUGUCUUGGCCUCGGUUUGUUGUGGUACUGUGCAAAGAGAUUCCAUGUCUGGUUCAGAAACCUGCACAAUUCUAUACGUGAUGAUCGCUACCUCAUUGGUAGGAGGCUUCAUAACUACGGUGAAGGUUUUGAGAGGCAAAAUGGUGGUGUUUCCCGGGAAGGACAAAAUUCUAAUGAACAUGGCACUAGCUUACUUCAGAGUGAACCAGAUGCUACCGAUGUAGGGAUUAGGCAAAGGCAUGUUCGACAAGAUGCUUAAUCUUUAGGAGAGGUGUAAAGUAGGGUGUCAAUAUAUCAGCUUGCCAAGGUUUUCCUCAUGUGAGGAUUGGGCGAUGGUUGAAGCAUGUGUUGAAGCAUCAAUUUUUUUUUGCGGGCUUUUGUGAAUAUGACGGGCCAAAAUCUUCGAAUGAUACAAAUCAAUGAGAAUGUGUAUAAAUCAUUGUGGAACUAGUACUUAAAUGUAUUCUGUCUGGUCAGUUAGGAGUAUGCUUAGGACGCCAUUUAUGUCAAAAUUUUUCUUUGUAGGAUUUCGAACACCUUCGUGAUGGUGGAUUGCCAAGUAGUUGCAGAUGAUGAACGUUUAAGCAUGUUAGAUGGCAGCGGACUGCUUUGAUCCGUCUUGGUUCUUCUUUUUUCAAAUUAUGGAAAAGAACUUUUUGACAGGGUUCUUUCCUGCUUUUCCACACAAGUGGACAUAAUACCUGUAUUUUGCAUAUUUGUUAGCUCGUAACAUUUGUUGCGAUUCGUUUUGGA